AAAAGUGCAAUCACAACAACAACGUAAGUGAACUCAUUUAAAAUACUAUUACUGUUUUAUUGCGUAGAUAAUAUUUUAGCAUAAUAUACUGCUCUAUAUUUUUUUUAAUAAUUAUUGCUGCAGUUUUUACGAAACGUUUAGCCAAAUCAAGACACUUUUCGGUAUGGGAUAAACACUAAACACACCAAACACCACAUUGGGCGAUUCAAAGAUGGCGGAAACGACAGACGACGCGGAUGCUAACGAAAGUCCCGCAACGUGCGAAAUCGCCGCUUCUGGCGACCAGAACAAGGAUGAAACAGCAUCUCUGGCUACGACGAAUGUUUCCACGAGCAAAAGACCCAAGUCUAAAAAGAAGAUUCCGGGCGUCGUCUACCUAAGCUACAUCCCUCCCAAGAUGAACGUGAAGACGGUGCGCAGCUUGCUCUCUAAGUUCGGAGAACUGGGACGGAUAUUCCUGCAGCCCGAAAAACCCAACGCCAAAAAGGCUCGUAGUUUCACCGAGGGCUGGGUCGAGUUCGCGGACAAAAAGGUUGCCAAGUGCGUCGCCAAUGCUCUCAACGGCACCCAAGUGGGCGGCAAGCGGAGGGCCGACUACUACUACAGCCUGUGGAGCAUCAAAUACCUGCAUCGGUUUCGUUGGACGCACCUCAAUGAGAGACUGGCGUACGAGAAGGCGGUGAGGGAACAGCGACUCCGCACGGAAAUCGCACAGGCCAAGAGGGAGUCCAACUUCUACAUCGCCUCGGUGGAGAAGAGCAAGCGGAUGCGGCGCGAAGCGAAAGGAAAGUCGGACCAGGCAGAGCCCGAAGAAGCGUCGAUAGACAUCAGACAGAGGCCCACGGACCAACAAAUUGUCGCCAAACGUGCGCGGAAAGGCAACGCCGAACGGACUGGGAACUCGGGGGCCGAUCUGAGCCUGCUCAAAAACAUUUUCGUGAGCUCCGCUUCGUACGAAGACGACAGAGAAUACUGACUCGCCUUCGCUGUGUAAACAGAAAAAAAGAAAAGAAAUUGGGUUAUA